UGCUCCUUAGCGACAUGCCGCGGUUCUACAGUUUCAAUUUUGUAGUCCUGCGACUAACUGACAAGCUAAUGGCGUCCGUUUAGAAUGCCAGAGUGGAUACUGUGCGGUGGACCAUGUACAUACCUCGUCGUUUUUGGUUAAAGCCUAAAGUAGGAAUGAAUUUUGGUUCUGAGAGAGAAACGGCCAUGAUGAGGUAGUGAGAGCUGGCCAAAAUUGGCAAGUGAGGAUUGAAAUGAUCACUUCACAGAGUUGAACUCUGGCAAAGUUUCACUUUUGACAGUGUCGACAAGUUUCUUAAAUCUGUGAAUCCAUCAGCUAUCUCUGCUGCAACUGAGUAGAAGUCCUCGGUGUGAUUUGGAACUGGAACAACUGAACAGAUUUCUCGGAGUCAUUCGUAGGAUUGGAGUAGUUAAUCUCAUGUUUAUCAGCGAGACGGUAAUCAGUCUUGGGCACACUACGCUGGGAGAAUGCAGGAAGUCAUCUGCAGAGAGGCACACCAGACUAAUCUAAGUUUGCUGUUUCUGUAUAAUCAGUCUGGAGUCCCAUAUCACAGACUUGGACGCCUGUGGAGAAAUACUUUUGAAAGGAGAAUCUGUACAGCUUUACAUAACUGUGACACACGGAACAAACCUGAGUGCAGUGCCUGUUAACAGUGAGGUGUGGAUAUUAACGGAACAAAACAUACAGCUUACAGCACUUGAAGCAUUGCUUACUAGCAUUCCUUCUGUGUACCACUACUACGAGUAUCAUCAUGGAAGCAGAGGAAGAGAGUGCUGUAGAGAGCAGCAGUGAUGCUGCGCCUCGAGGUCUAGAAGUGCCGUCUGAGAGUGGAAUGGGUGUGGAGAGCUCUGAGGCCAUGUCUGCAGACAGCAGUGAUGCUGCAUCAGCACCCAUUACAGUUGCAGAACCAGAUAACAGCAUGCAGGCAGAUUCUGGGGUAGGACAGAGCUCGGAUGACAUUUUAGUGCAGGAAGGUAUUUCUGAAACCAGCUCCAGCACGGACAUCAUAGCUGUUGCUCAUCUCCCAGACUCCUCUUCUGUAGCUCAGUCAACAAUAGUGUCUAGUGUUUCAACCGUAACACAGUCUAUUUUGGUAUCGGAGUCCCCACAGGUUCUGGUCCAUUCCAGUAUGAUUUCUGAUGGCACCAUGAUUGUCUCGGACUCUACAGCAUCUACCUCUUCUGACCUAGGCUCUGCUAUCGAUAAAAUAAUCGAGUCUACUAUUGGACCUGAUGUCAUGCAGAGUUGCAUUGCUGUGACAAGUGCUGAAGAUGAAGGCGCUGAAACCACACAAUACCUCAUUUUACAGAGUCCACAGGAUGAUAACUCCUUGGUUUCCCAGAUAUCCACUUCUGCCCUUUCCAGUCGUCUUGCAAUUGAAAGCCUUGCUGAAGGGCCAACAUCCACAUCUCUGGAUCAGUCAGAUCUCCAGCAGCAUCAAUAUCCACUUCGGCUUUACAGGCAUCUGUAUCAGGCCCAGAUCCCUGAACAGUUAAGACAGCAGGACCUUUCAGAUCAGCCUGAUCAACAUGAAACAAGCAGUUACACUGCCUGUCAUCCAGAGGAGGGAGCAGGGGAAGGCCCUGACCAGCCAGAUCAACCUUCUGAAUCUGAACAUUCUAUUCUGUCAGAACCAAGAGACCUCCCUGACCAGCCAGAUCAGCCCGUAGAGUCUGUACAUCAUAUUCCAACAGAACAAGUGGAGAUUCCUGACCAGCCAGAUCAGCCUGCACAUCAGGAGUACAGCAGCAGACCAAAGAAAGAGGAGAAUGUUCUGGAUGAGCCAGAUCAGCCAGAUCAACCAGGCGAAGUUAAUCAGCCUGACCUAGCAAGCCUGGAAGGAAUGAUGGAAGUAGUUGUAGUGCAUCAGUUCAAAUGUAAGAUGUGUCGGUAUAAGAGUGUCUCCAAGGAUACCCUUAUUAAUCACAUGAGAGACAGACACUUUCGUAUUGGUGGAAGCCUCCAGAAGAAACGUGGGCGUGGCCGUCCAAGAAAGGAAACUUCAUCUGAGAAUCAAGAUGCUGACAAGGCUGCAGAGGAAGAUGAAGAGGAGGAUGAUAUUGUGGAUGCUGGUGCAAUUGAUGACUGUGAUGAUGACAGUGAUUAUAACCCUGCAGAUGAUGUGACUCGUGGACGACAGCCCUGCUUCCUCCGCAGUGUUACCACCUCUACUAGUGACAGACCACGCAGGCGACCUGGACGACCACGGAAAUUACCCCGGCUUGAUGAACCUCAGAACGAUGAAGGAGCUGAAGUAGAACCCCUUGUCACAUCACAGAGUUCAGAACCGCUCCAAAGCUGUGAGGCAGGAAGUUCUACUGGGCCUGAGAGUGGAGCCACAUCAACAGCUGACAGCCAGGAAGAGGCUAGUGUGAGUCAGUCCAAUUUGGAAAACAAAACCCCUUCAUCUAGUAGUGGACCAGAGGAGGCUAGCAUCUUACUAAGGAAGAGGGGCCGUCCGUCCAGGAGGUUUCUUGGGAAGAAGUUCAAGAAGUACAUGGCUACUCUUGUACAUGGUAAUUCGAUGCGCAGGUAUUACUACCGGUCCAAAAAACCAUUGCUGCGGCCUUACCACUGUCGCAUCUGUGGUUCUCGUUUUCUCACCAAUGAUGACCUGCGAUUCCAUGUGAAUUCCCAUGAUGGCAGUGACCCCCAACUCUUCAAAUGUCUCCAGUGUAGCUACCGAUGUCGACGCUGGUCAUCACUAAAGGAACAUAUGUUUAACCAUGCUGGAAAAAAGCCAUACAAAUGUGAAGAGUGCAACUAUACAAGUGUUUACAAGAAGGAUGUGAUCCGUCACUCAGCAGUGCACAACAAAGACAAGAGGAAGAAAACAGAAAUGCAGGGCCCGAAGCUUAACUCUUACCCUUGUCCAGUAUGCCAUAAGGUGUACUCGAUGCAGAAGAGGCUUACUCAGCACUUGAAGACCCACAGUGCUGAGAAACCCCACAUGUGUGACAAGUGUGGCAAGUCAUUCAAGAAGAGAUACACCUUCAAAAUGCAUCUGUUGACUCACAUUCAGAGUGUUGGCAACAGCCGGUAUAAAUGUGAAUAUUGUGACUACUUUUCUGAAAAUAAGAAGCUGCUGUUGACUCAUCAACUGUCUCAUACUAACGAACGCCCCUUUAAGUGUGCAUUCUGUAAAUAUGCUACCUCAAAGGAAGAUUUCCUUGUGUCACACAUGGCCAUCAAGCACACAGGGGAAAAGCCGUUUGCAUGUGAUUUCUGUCAUUUCACGACCAAACAUAAAAAGAACUUGCGCUUGCAUGUGCAGUGUCGGCAUACUGAAAAUUUCGAUGAGUGGGCGAAGACUCAUCCUGAAGAGCAGCCUGUCAGACGACGCCCUUUCUUUACUGUACAACAGAUUGAGGAGCUGAAGCAGCAGCAUGAUCAGGUUCAGUCCAUGCUUGAUGGAAUACGGACCCCACUGAUUCAGCCUAACCAUAUGACAUACCAUGCUGUCCGAUCAUUGCAAGAUGUGGAAUCUUCUGUGAUCAGUCCAGAUUCUCUGGGUACUGCAACCAUCAUUUAUGAACAAGGAGCUGGAGAGUCAGCUGAACAUGCAACUCAGACUGCACUGGAUCUUUUGCUGAACAUGAGUACCCAGAGGGAGAUAGGAGCAAGUGCUCUGCAGGUCAAAGUGUUGAAGACAGAUGGUGCAGAGGAAGUUCAGUCUACUGAGGUGCUCCAUAAUGCUCAAGGGGAGGAACUGGAAAUACCUUCACAUCAUCAGAAGGUGGUAACUCUUCACAUGGAUGAGCAUGGCGAGGCAGUUGUAGAGGAGACCUAUGAGGAGGCUACAAUUGAAGCCACUAGUGUGCCACAGAUUGCGUUAAAUGCUUACACCAAUGGAGCAGAGUACAACAUCAUAACUCCAGUAUGUGAGGAGCUACAGACUGAGGCUACUGUUUACAGCAGUGGAGAUGUCACAAGAGAUGUGCCACACACAGUCAUCAUGAGUGAAGAAGUCACAGCACGAGCUUUGAAUGAGCAUGGUGCCAGGUUUAUCAUGACAUCCAGUGUGCCAAACGCACAGCUCCAUCACAUUGAGGUUACUGGAGAGAAUACCUACCCUACAGUAGGAACAUCAAUACAGACCCCUGGAACAAAGAAGUUCUCUUGCAAGAUAUGUAGCGUAACUUUCAUGGGACGUGCUGAGAUGGAGAGCCACAAGAGAGCACACAUAGGACCCAACAUGUUCAAAUGUCUAGACUGUACUUUCACAGCUAGCUGCUGGGCUGAUGUUCGGAGUCACAUGAGUCAACAUGCCAAUCUCCGACCACAUAAAUGUAACCACUGUAGCUUUGCAUCAAAGAACAAAAAGGACCUAAGACGUCAUUUGUUAACUCAUACUAAUGAAAAGCCCUUUAUCUGCCAGUGCUGUGGACAAAGAUUUAACAGGAAUGGGCAUUUGAAGUUUCAUAUGGAAAGACUACACAGUGCUGAGUGGAAAAAGGACAACCAGGAGGCUGCAACCACCCAGGAAGCUAUUCUGCUGAACAGUGAGGAAAACACACUUGCUACCCUUCAGUCGCUGCAACCAGAGCAAGAGGUGCUUCCACCAGACAACCUACAGCAAGUGCUUGGAGAGGACCAUAUAAUCGUGGCACAGGAGCAAGCUGUUACAACUCAAGAUGAAGCUACAUACAUUCGAGAGAUCACAACAAGCGGGCAAACAGUUCAGCGUAUUGUUGCAGCUGAUAACCAGGUACAGUAUCUCAUUGCACAAGACGGAGUGCAGCACCUUAUCCCACAGGAGUAUGUGGUCGUGCCAGAGGGGCAUCAUAUACAGGUACAAGAUGGACAGAUUACACAUAUACAGUAUGAAGAGGGUAGUCGUUUCUUACAGGAACAGCAGAUUGCAAUGAGCCAUGAUGGACAGAUCCAGUAUGUGCCUGUCUCACUGGACCACCAGAUCGUCACACAGGCAGAACUGGAAGCUGCUGCACACUCAGCAGUUACAGCAGUGGCAGAUGCAGCAAUGGCCCAGGCCCAGGCAAUGUUUGCUACAGAGGCGACAGCUGAGCAGAUCCAGCAGCUACAGAACCAAGGCAUAGAGUACGAUAUCAUUACAGUCAGUGAUGAGUAAUAUGGCUCAUUGCUAAUGUCGGAAAAAAAUUCACACCUAUGCACUUACAGCAAGGCAGUUGCCUCAUAUGACUUUUGUUUAUUCUUUGCACCUUGAAAGAGUCAUGAAACCAUAACAAAUUUCUCUCUCUCUUUUUUUUUUUUUUUUUUUUUUUUAACAAUAAUUUAUUUAAAAAAUAAACAGCAUCAUGGUGACUUCGGAGAAAGCAGCAUAUUGUUGCCUUAUAUUGCUCUACCAGCUAAGUGCAUUUUUGAUGUCUGAUGUUUCCACAUUUUUGAGAGAAAAAAAGAUGCUGUCAUUCAAAACUUAAUAUGUAUAAAGUUUGUGCAAAUGAACAAAAUAUUAUAAAUACUAGUAUGACAUUUGAGCAAAAUCAGAGCUUGACAGAUGUUACAGUUAAUGUGCCAAGUUCACAGGCUGAUGAACUCUUUCCAACAAAUGGCUUUUACUCCCCAUUCCUCGCUGAAUAUGAACAGAUGUAGCCAUUUCUCUACCCCUGCCUCUUCCUGCUUAAAACCCUUGUGACCUUCAGAGACUACAUAAAGUGUGCUGUCCACCAGCUGGGACUCGAAAAAAACGUUUGUACAUAUCUUCACAUGCAACUGGAGAUUAAGCUUGACCAUUGAAUGCUGCAUUGUUCAUCUUGGAAACAACAGACGACACAAAGGAAAGUUUCUAGCAUUUAGCUUCCGAGGAUGUCAUCGUUGCCCGUAAUAUGUCUCUCCUAUGACUGUCCAUCACUAAUCAUUUAAAAUCUUGUUAUCCAAAGGGCAUACUGGUUUGUUUCUUUUUAGCCCUUUUAGCACUUGGGGCUUCUGAGUGAUGUCUUUUGGUAGACAUAUUGCUUGUGUCACUGACAUAUACACACUUUUGGUGAGAUUUAUUUAUUUAUUUAUGUAUAUAUUUUUUUUAC